AUGUUCGCCGCCACCCGCUCCGUGGUGUUCGUUGCACUGUUCGGCGCCCUCGCCCUCGCGGCCGCCGUGAAGCGCGUCGACGUCGCGCGCGGCACGUGCUACGACGCCGGGGAUAACGCUUGCGGCUUGACGGACUCCAACACCGACCACGGCAUCGCUUUCAGUCGCGAGUUCGAGAACGACAGCGUCAGCACCGACGACAGCAACAACGGCUGGUCGGGUUUUGACGGGGAGGGUCAGAACAACGGCAAGCGGGUGCAGGCGAGGAUCGAUAAGUGCCUCGGCUGCAUGUAUCUUCCGAGUGACGAGGACGACCACUUGGUUCCCCAGGAGAUUGGAGCGGCCGGCGAGGGACAAGCGGUCAAAAUGACCAACCAGAUAUGGACGGUACACUACGCGUUAAAACAGCCGGAACCGCCUCUGUGCGUGAGAGUUCCGGGGACCCGGAGUGGCGUGCCAGAAGUUGUUGGACACGGGAAUUUUCAGUCGACGGGCCUUCUCAGCGCGGCGAGCAUUGGGCAAAAACGGCUAAUAUCAGGAAACGAUGUGGAGGUGAGUAUGCAAGGCCCGGGAGAAACCAAGAAACAGUCUGAGCUAUGGCUUUCUAGCUGA